CCUGACGUCACUGAGCUUCCGCUCUCCGGUCAGCUGCCGGAAGUGAGCAGCCCGGUUCAGUUCAGUGUAAAGUAGCUUAGUGAGGAGACCGAGCUGGGGCUGCGGAAGAGGAGUGGUCGUUAGUUUACACAGAUUGAGACGAGUCCGCUUCUCUGUACUUAGCACAUGUUAGCUUCAAGGCUAACAGCAACUAGCGCACCUGCUGCUUUUUAAACGGUGCAGCUAGCUCGUUGGAGGCUAACUGAGUGAGCUGUCAUGGUCCUGAGGUGUGUUUACUAACGGAGGAGAAGAGGAGAUGGAGGACAACGAUGGAGAGGACAUGAGGGACUCACCUGAGGACACAGCUGAGGACACACCUGAGCUUCCUGUGGAGAUUAUCGUUUACAUCCUGAGUUUCCUUCAUGCAUCAGACAGGAAGGAGGCCUCACUCGUCUGCCGCAGCUGGUACAGUGCAAGCCAGGACCUGCGCUUUCAGAGGAACGUCACCUUCUGCUUCCCGGCCUCCGCCUCGUCCCUGGAGCUGGUCAGGGCUCUGGGCAGAAAGUCCCGCUGCAGCCUGAUAAUCAGUCAACUAGAUGGCUUCAGUAUGUCCAGAUCACUGCUUCUGGAGGUGGGCGUGUGUCUGGGCUCCAAACUGGAGAGCUUGGCCCUGCCUGGUAGCAGCAUAACGGAGACCUCCCUGCUGGCCCUUCUUCCUUGCCUGACCUCCCUCCACAGGCUGGACCUCAGGGGCCUGGACAGCCUCUUCAUGUCUGGAGCGUUCCUCUCGAGGGAGGAGCACCGUCAGCAGGUCAGGUCAGCUCUGUCUGGCCUGGAGGAUCUGGACCUGUCCGACCUGCGCUACCUCUCCGACCUCACCUUUAAUCGGCUCACCAGCUGCACCCCGCGCCUCCGCCGACUCUCACUGGCCGGAUGCCACAUCGCUUUCGAAUUCGACCCGUAUCGAGGGUGCCCGGUGGGGGCCGUCGAAGACUCAUCAGCGUUACUGUCACUGAGGAACUUGAGGCGGUUGUUGACGGAGCAGAAAUCCACACUGGUGGCUCUGGACCUCAGCAGAACCUCCAUCACACCCGAGUCACUACGCACUGUUGCACAGGUUCAGGAUCUGGUCUUGGAAGAGCUGGCCCUGCACGGCUGUAAGGAGCUGACCAACUACUCAGUGGAGGUUCUGGUGAAGCACCAGCCGGGCCUUCAGAGACUGGACAUCAGUGGCUGCACUGAGCUGACCAGCAGGUCUGUCGAGGCUGUAGCUCGAGGCCUGAAGUCUCUGACACACCUCUCCUUGUCCCGUGACUGGAGGAUCACUGAAAAAGGCCUCGCUGAGCUGCUGUCUGUGUCGUCCCUGAGGAGUCUGGAUCUGUCCGAGUGUCUGCACGUCAGUGGAUCAGAGAUGGUGAAAGGCUUGACGGAGUCUGGUGCUAGUAGAGCUCAGCUGGAGAAGCUCAACUUAAAGAGCUGCACCUACAUUAGGGAUCUUGCCGUUUUCUCUCUCACCCAGCUUCUUGGGGAUACUCUCUGUGAGUUGGACCUGACCUCAUGCGUCAACGUGACAGACCUGUCUGUUCGCGCUAUAUCCACCUACCUGCACAGGCUGGUAGUUUUGAGGCUCGGCUGGUGUAAAGAAGUGACAGACUGGGGUUUGCUGGGGAUGGUGGGAACGACUAAGUGUGAGCCUGAGGAGGAGAAGGAAGACAAGGGUCCCAGGUUCACCCGAACCUUUGGCAACAUGGGCUUCUUCAAGCCUCCUCGUUUGCCAUUUGAGGAGCGACCCAAGCUGGUGACACAGAAUGACCUGGAGCAGUUCAAACAGCAGGCGGGGGCGUCGCUGUUGGCUCUGAGCAGGCUGCAGGAGCUGGACCUCUCCGGCUGCUCCAAACUCACUGACAGCAGCAUCACACAGGUUGUUCACCACCCAGACCUCCAACGUCUGUCUCUGUCCAUGCUGCCAGAAAUCAUUGACGACAGCUUGGUGUCUGUAGCCUGGCAAUGCCGCAGCCUCACCAGCCUGUCUCUCAGCAACUGCCCGGGGAUCAGCGACCGCGGAGUGACAGAGGCGGCACCAUACCUCCACAGACUCCAGCAUCUCUACCUCUCCGGUUGUAGUAAGAUCACGGACCGAUCCUUGUUUCAGCUGGCGCAGCACUGUAAGCGUCUGAGGACACUCGACAUCUCACGGUGCAAAAACAUUUCCAUAACAACAAUGGAACUCCUUCAAUCACAGCUGCCCUUCUUGGAAAACGUCCAAUACAAAUUCCUAGGUGGGGUUGAUCCCACUCUCACACUCUGAACGACCACUGGACAUCUCAACAACAAAGCCUGCAAACCAAAUCCUGCUCCAUGAUUGAGCUUCUGCACAUCUCAGCAAUUUGCACAAGAACUGAAGUAAGUUCAGAUUUAAGUUAAGUUUACAGUAAAGUACUGUAAAACCCAUUAUCUACAGGUCGUUCUGGAAGGGGUUUUUAUAAUCUCGCUUUAAUGGCCAGGAUCAAACCAAUGAGGAAACACCUGUUUUUUUGUAAGGUUUAACUUACGUAUGUUCAAGCUUGGCUUCAAACCAUAGACUGUCAGUAAAAGAUGGACAGUGCGUCUCUACUAUACGCAGAUGAUGUCAUUUGGCACCAGAGUCUGCACAGUAGCGAUUGAUGGAUGGAGCCACGGAAACGUGGAUCACAACAUUUUACCCUGUUUUUAAAUUAUCAUAUAACCGAAAACACUUGAGAAACCAUCUUUGAGAAGAAUUGAUUUGACGUGACCUUUAACUGUUUAGUUUGGUCCAUGCCCCAUCAGCUAACACGGAGGAGGUAGGGUUUAUGACCUAUAGUGCAGUCAAACACCAGGGGGCGACCAAGGCGCUUUAGGGAGCAAGAUGUAUCCAAUAAAAUCAAGAGAAAUGCUGUGAAGUGAAACACAGCUCACAAAGUAAGAAGAAAGUAUUCUGUGUCUAAUGUAAGUGAGAAUUGUUUUCUGGCACAUUUGUAUCUAGAAGGUAAAUGAAUCCUAAAUAUUCUGCUUGUUAUUUUGUAUUGACAGCUGCCCAAUAAGAAGUAAUCUUAACAUUCUAACUUAAUGAUUAAUUUAUGGAAUAAUGUAAAUAAAUAUUUACCCACAUAGAUCAAAUUUUACACCAUUUUGUUUUCGCUUCACAUUGACCAUUUUUUUAAAUUUUGCUUUGACUUGGUUUAAAUGCAUGAUCUUGUCCACUGUAGCUUCAGCAACAUGCUUUUUUUUUUUUCAACAGAGGAAUUGUAGAUCAAAAUGUUGAUUUUAUAAAUAAACCACAGUCUGCAAAUAUUCUA